UUGAAGACCCGCUGGAAGAUUUGACUUUUUGUGGAGCCAGCUCUCUCAGUGAUGUUCGGAAACUCAUGAAGGAAUGGAUAAUGUCCUGUUCAGAACCCCAAGAGGCUGACGUCUCCAUGGUGACAGAAUAUUUAAUAAAACUAAUCCAAAACAGAAACCUGGAGCAAGCAUUCAGCCUGUUAAAGUUUUUGACACGAAGAAGUAAAUCAGAGAGCAGCUCUCGGUGGAGGGAUAGCUUGUUCAACAUCACCGCUUGUGUUCAAAAUGUCAUAGAUGCUUGCUAUGGGGCUACACUCAAGCUGUGA